CAUUCAUCUCAUGCCACUCCAUGAUUGCACAUGCAAUAAUACAAACAUAAAAAGCCACCAAUCAUCACUCUCAAAAGCCCCUCCUCCCUUCCCCCAAUUCUAUCUUUAUUUUCUCUACUUUCUUCUAACCAAUUCAUCAAGCAGGCACAGAGCGUUAUAGCUUUGUGUUCUUAGCUAUGAAAGUUCCCGUUUCUUCCCCACAAAAUAACCACCACAAUCAUCAUCAAUCUCCCAACUCUAGGCCUGUUUCUUGCAACAAUAAUAUUAACUCGAAAUAUCAGCUUCCGUAUCAGCAAUUGUAUCCCGAACCCACCUCGGUUCUUGACUUGUGCAGAAGUCCGAGUCCGGUGCCUGCUAAACAGGUCUCUGCAACUGAUCCAUCUCUUGAGUGGGAUGAGCAUGUUCUGCAGGCUUUUGAUUGGGACGCUAUCAUGAAAGAACUGGACUUUCAUGAUGAUUCUGCUCCUACCCUUAAGAGCUUCUCUCAAGUCAAUUCCUACGAGUCCGUAAUUCACAACCAAAAUCUCCAGGAGUUUGCUGUGCCUGCACAAACGGAUCCUUCGCAGUUUCUUCAUUCUGAUUUUGGUGAUGCAUGCUUCAAUAUCCCAACUCAAAAUUUGAGUUCCCUUGAUUUGUCUCAUAAUAUUGGGAAUUGGAAUAUUGGGUUUGAUAUUAUUCAAGAACUUAUUCGAGCAGCUGAUUGUAUUGACUCCAACGAGAUACAGCUCGCCCGCGUGAUAUUGGACAGGCUAAAUCACCGGUUACAGUCACCGGUUGGCAAACCACUCCAAAGAGCUGCCUUCUUCUUCAAAGAAGCUCUUCAAUUUCUUCUCACUGGAUCUCCUCGGCCACCAACUCGACUUGCUUCAUGGUCCGAAGUUGUCCAAACGAUAAGGGUUUACAAGGCCUUCUCAGGUAUCUCUCCUAUCCCCAUGUUUACUCAUUUCACUGCAAAUCAAGCCCUUCUCGAAACCCUCGACGGUUCUCCUCCAUUCCUUCACGUGAUAGAUUUCGAUAUUGGCCUUGGCUGCCAGUAUGCUUCCUUCAUGAGAGAGCUUGUUGAGAAAGCGGACUCUUGCAAGCUUUCCUCUCCAGUUCUUCGAAUCACAGCUAUAGUAACGGAGGAUUACGCCAUUGAAACCCAGUUGAUUAAACAGUGUCUUUCCCAGUAUGCUUUUGAACUCAAGAUCAGAUUCCAGAUUGAGUUCGUCCUUCUCCGUACCUUUGAAGUGCUAUCUUUUAAAUCAAUCAACUUCAUGGAAAGAGAGAAAACAACCGUUCUAUUAUCUCCAGCAUUCUUUCGUCGUCUGAGUUCAAGCAUCAGUAUCACCGCCUUUGCAACCGAUCUCCGACGAGUCUCCGCGGGAGUCGUAGUUGUUGUAGAUAGUGAAGGGUGGUCUGAAUCCGGAUCAUCAUCGUUUAGGAGGAAUUUCGUGAACGGCCUUGAGUUUUUCUCCAUGGUAUUUGAGUCUCUUGAUGCUGCAGCUGCUGGUGGAGACUUGGCGAGAAAAAUCGAGAUGUUGUUAUUAAAACCAAGAAUUUUUUCCUUCGUUGAGGGUUGCGAAAGGAGGGUGGCAACGCCGUGGAAAGAGGAGUUCUGUGGGGCGGGAAUGAGGCCGAUGGCUUUCAGUCAAUUUGCUGAUUUUCAAGCCGAAUGUUUACUGGGGAAGGUGCAAGUCAGAGGGUUCUACGUGGCAAAACGACAAGCUGAGUUGGUGCUUUGUUGGCACGAAAGGCCACUCAUAGCCACAUCAGCAUGGAAGUGUUAGAAAUUAAUCAAGGGUUUUAUCAUAAUUAUUAUAACAAGAAGAACAAUAAUUAGGGUUGGGGAUGUGUUUGGGAUGCAAAUAAUUAAUGUAUCAUUCCAAAUGCAAUUUGAUUUUUGAUUUUGGUUUUUGGUAGUUUUUUCAGUUGGGGUGUGAAUGGUAGAUAGUGAGGCUGUGCUGGUGGGUGCCUUUAGCCUACUCCCUUGGCCUCUCCUUUGUAUAAUUUAUUUUUAUCUGUUAAUGUUUCACAUUACUAUGUGAAUUUCUAUCAAGAAAAAAUAUUUUUAAA